CCACUGACAUUGGAGCCGUCGACGAGGAAGACAGUAGGACGAUUUGUGUUUUCACCCGUUCUCACUCUAAACACAAAUAGCUAGUCAUGGACGAUUUUGAUAUGCUAAGCGCCCCUCAGGGAAGCGCAGGGAACGGUGUGGGGGCAGAUGAGGAUCCUGCGGCGGCGUUUCUGGCCCAGCAGGAGAGUGAGAUCGCUGGCAUCGAGAAUGACGAGGGCUUCAGCAUCCUGGACAGCGGAGAGGUGCCUUCAUCCUUCAGCCAAGAGGACGGUGGAGCAGUGAAUGGAGAUCUGCAUGGGGAGAGCAAUGGUCCUUCAGACGUGUAUGCAGCCAUCUCCAGUGUAGACCGGUUGCAGGCCGAGCCGGAGAGCUUGCGGAAGUGGAGAGAGGAGCAGCGUGAGAGGCUGGAGCAGCUCGAUGCUAACUCGCGUACGCAGGAGGCAGAAUGGAAAGAAAAGGCAAAGCUGGAGCUGGAGGAGUGGCACACCAGGCAGAACGAGCAGCUGGAGAAGACCAAAGUGAACAACAGGGUGCUGGAUGAGGAUUUCUACAAACAACCCUUCGCUGAUCUGAUUGGUUAUGUCACUCACAUUAACCAUCCUUGCUACCGCCUAGACCAGGCUGCCGAGGAAGCCAUGGUGUCUGAGCUGGAUGAAAACAGCCCUGGCACAGAAUGGGAGCGUGUGGCACGCCUUUGCGACUUCAACCCCAAGUCCAGCAAGCAGGCCAAGGAUGUCUCCCGCAUGCGCUCUGUCCUUAUCUCCCUUAAACAGUCCCCGCUCGUGCGCUAAGCUCCACCUCUGAUAUCCCAGCAAAUUCCCUGCAGCUAUUGGGCCUCACGACAUUCAUAUGUUUGUGUAUUCUUUUGGCUGUGGUUCCAUCCCAAUGGUUUUGAGAUCAUUUCCAUAUAUAAAUAAUCUAUAUUAUUUUAUUGCAUAAUAUGAUAUAGGUAUAUCUAUAUGUUUAUAUAUAUAUAUUCCAUCUAUAAAUUUAUACAUAUAUAAUGAUAUUCAGAUUGUUUUUAUUUUUUGGUGUCUAUUUUAAGGACCAAACUCCAUAACUGUCUUCACUUUCUUUUCCAUGUAGAAACUGUGGCAUUGUGACACUAUCAAUCUAUGCAUUUCCCUCCUUAAUCUGUUUGGGAAUAAAGUACUACAUGUCUUGUGUAUGUUGUAUACAAAUGGUGGAUAUAUCCUAUGUAUGUGUAACUAUGUACAUAAAGACUGGUCCUCUGUACGCUUCAGUAAUGGCACAAGUUGUGGAAGAACAGAGCUUUACCCCAGUAAAUGUUGCGUCAUGUUGUCUAUUGUUUCAGUAUGAUUAAACACGUUUUAAAUGUGUCUGUGAGAGUGUCUAUCCCAAUAGAAAAAAAGGUAACACUUUAAGGUUGUAUUUGUCAACAUCUGUUAACAUUAAAACUAAGCAAUACU